UCAACCAUGCCUUGUAGAAUCCCCUCAUCACCUCCUCCCCUCCUCCUCUUCCUCCUCUUCCUCUUAUCCCUCCUCAUCUCCACCAACGCUUACCCUGGAAACAACCCCCCGCCCCGAUUCUGUCCGAACUCGACCUGCGGCAAACAGGAUAUCGCUUACCCAUUCUGGCUAGCUCCAAAUCUAUCCACCAUCCCCUCCACCUACUGUGGGUACCCAGGAUUUGUGCUGAUAUGCCAAGAUGACACCCCAAUCCUUUCUCUCGGCCACAACAAUUAUACCGUGACCGACAUCGAUUACCACAGCCAAACCAUCUCCCUUGCCGACACGGAUGUCCUCGCCGCCGGAACCUGCCCCAGGCCCCGGCACAACCUCACCCUCGUCGACAACUUCUUCCUGAACUACACCACCUCGGAAACCUCCAACCUGAACUACACCUCCUACCUGAGCUACACCUCCUUGGACACCAACCUCACCUUCUUUCUCGACUGCCCCGACGGUCCACCGGACCACCGAAUAUCCUGCCUUUCCGGAAGCAGCAGUAAUCGGUCUUACAUCUUCGCCGACGAUUUUUCGGCCAUCAACGGAUACGAUUUGGUGCGGCAGUGCCAAGAUGUUGUGGUGGUGCCGGUACUCCAUCAGGAGGCGAACAGGGGAAACUUGACCGGUUCGUCUAGUGACUUUGGAGAGGUGUUGAAAAAAGGCUUCCAGCUGGGCUGGUCUAACAGGACAUUGGAAGAGUGCUAUCGCUGCGAGCUCUCCGGCGGGCUCUGCGGGUACCAGACUACCAACACGAGUUUGUCCCUCGCCUGCUUUUGCUCCAACGGAGUCAGCGACCGCGAUUGCGGAAGUCACAAUUCGAGGAAGAUGGGAAUCGUGAUAGGUAACCAACAUACCUCUCCUAAACCUACCAUUUUAAGGCUUUCAUCUUCUUCCAUUCCAUUAAACAAUAUUUUUUCUGGUUUGUUUAUUCAUGAUACUCAAUGAAGUAAAUGAAGCAUUAUCCAAAGUGCCGAUUGAAAAAUUAUCUACCUAAUACUCUUUGGAUGCCUAGCAAUAAUCCACCCUCCCCUCAUACUAGGGCUUGCCAUCUUGCCUAGUUCCAUGAGUCUAUAAAUUAUGAGUGCUCUGUGGUUGUGUCAAUUGAUUAUAAUAGCCUUAUGUCGAUAAAUUAUAAGUUCCCUAUGUCUCCCUUGUAGCCUAACUCUGAGUUUCAAAAACCUAACCAAAUCAUCUUUAUUUAUU